AUGGACCAUCUUUUCCGUCGCUCAUGUCGUCAAUUUGAACCGACUGCCAUAGAACAGGACAAAAUAAAAGCCAUAGUCAAAGCUGGCCAAUUUGCCCCAACAGGCCGUAACAACCAAGAAAUAACUUUUCAUGUUAUUACCGAUCAAGCCCUUCUUCAAAAAACAGUUUCUGCAACACAAGACGCAAUGAGUAAAAUACCCGAACACGCCGCUAUGGCUUCCAAUGCAAUUACUUACAAAGCACCCCUUGUCAUUACUAUGACUUCCAAAAAGGAGUUCUCAAAAUGGUCACAAUAUGACUGCGGAUUUGCUGCACAAAAUAUGAUCAUUGCCGCAGACCUCCUUGGCUUGGGGGCACUCCCAAUUGGUAUCAUGAAAAGAGCGCCACAGCCCUGGGAACAUCUGGUCGGUCUUAAAGAAGACGAGGAUCUCCUUCUCUCUGUUGCGUUUGGAUAUCCCGUCGACAAACUGAAUUAUGGAAACAAAGAAAUACGAAGUCAAGUAAUUUAUUAUAAGUGA